AUGUUUUUCAACACUGACGCCGCCAAUGCAUAUUAUCUCAACCAGGGCAUUCGCCGCACCACGAUCGAUUCGAAGGGAGUUCUCUCUUCAGUAAUUUCGGGAACUUGUAGCGGUGGAAGACGUGCUGUUAGGCCUCAGAGUGCCUCUCUAUGGUCUGGUGUUUCUCGCCGCAGUGGGGAGGGGGUCAAUUCGCAUAGCGAUGUGAAGGGGCGCCAGUCGCUUGCUUCUGAAGGUGCCAACCAAAGCCGGGAACCAAAGAGGGAUGGGGGUAGUGUGGGAAAUCACUGGAGGGUCCUGGCGUGUCUUCAGUCGUUGAGGAUGAACUGGAUGGCCAAUUCCAACACUUGCUUAAACACUGCUCCGAAGACGACCCCAGGUGCGUCCUGGCGUCCUAGCAAGGAGGAGCCCCACUGUCAUGGAAGCUCCGAUGAGCGUGGACUCGGCAGUAAUACCAACGACAGCGAUGGCCCCCACCCCCCUCGAGUGGUCCACCACCCUCAAAGAGCGCACAAUGAGCCUGAACGCGGCCGUGGCCUCAUGGACUCCUCCGUAGGAACCAAACCGGAGGGAGGGCUUCCUGGCGGGCCGAGGUCCGGGCCUCACGCCCUGAGCCUCAGCUCUUCCGACGCGAACGCGCCUCACGUGGGGUGUAAGGGGCGGUUUUUAUCCGGUUUUCGAUACCGUGGCCUGCCAUCUGGGGGUUCAGCCUCAGGCGUCGUGGGGGCCAAUGAAGAUGAAACUCGACAUCGCGACCCGGGGGAUUGGACCACGACGAGGACGUUGUCGUCGCCGUCCUCUUCCUCCUCAUCGUAUGUUCGGCCUGCAGUGCGAUCGGCCACCUCAAAGACUCAAACGGCAGCUACCAGAUCCAUGUCGUCUGCCGUAGGAGGCAGAGGUUUGGACAGGAACGGGGUUGAGGAGGUAAGUGAUUUGAGGGGUGCCCGUCCCCCCUCAGUAGCGACGCCUUCUUCCGACCCCACCAUUCCCUCUAUGUGGCACUCACGGGCUUCCGUGAGGUCGUUGUCCAUGUGUUUGGACUACCCUGAUCUCCAUGGCGAGGUUCGGGAAAGCCUCACCGAUGGCAGCGGACUGUGUAAGUGGAGCGUGCAGGUCGUGGCGAGUGUAGCCCCUUUUUGGGAUUCAAUAACCAGGAUCAGGCAUCGUACUGGCGACAACAGUGAUAACUUUGAGACCGUCUUCACUAACUUGGGUGACGUGUUUGUAGUGCGGACAAUCGAAUGCACACCACCAGACAUGUUUCAGACCCUUUCCAAAAAGAAUACAUUGUUUACCCGAAACCAUCCUAACCGCAGCACUGAAGCAAACUUUGGUCUUACGCCUAGGCCGCGGUUCGCUAGCUAUUCAUCCAGCCAUGACCUUUAUCAUUCCCUCUGCAAUUUUUUAAAAGAUUUGGUGUGGGAUACCUUUCCUGUGUGGGCUCCCGAGGCGGUGUACUACUAUGACAAGGGUUUGAAUCAGUACGUGCUGCUUACGCCACAAACAGUCUCGCUAAUUGGCCAGGAUUUUCGGGUCGCCGCACGGGGUUUGAGUCGCUCCUCUGCUUCACUGCGUCAGAUCUCAGCCUCUAGUCCUCUCCAGCAUGAGUGUCAUCCUUCUGAGAGCACUCAACAACGGCCCGACAAGGGGUUGGGAAGGGGUAGUGAGUGUGUGUAUGACAGGCGCCGCUCUAACAUCAUUUCUUUGUUGACUAGAAAAGAAGAACUUCAGGGCAAUGCCCUAGUGAUGGAAUCUGACGUUGUGAGAAGCAAUGGGGACGUGCCUGUACUACACCAUUCACUUCAGACAUCUCAUUCCACUCCGUCUGCUGCUUCGCGAGAGGUUCCUACUGAACGGUCGUCAACCCACGGGCAGUCGUGUUGGAAGCUGCAGGACUACGUUCCUGAUCUUAAAAGGGUAGAUUUUCAAAUAGGGGGCCGCAAUGGAAUACCGGAUGAGAGUUUUGUUGUGGGGGGAAGUGCUGUAAAUGAGAAUGAUAGCAAAUUCUGUGUUUCUGAUAAGAAGUUGGCUGGAUCAGGCGCACCAAGAAGGUCAUCCGAGACGUGCAAACCCAACUCGGCGUCUGGGGUGGUGACCACGGGGGAAAGAUAUGUAGACAGUAGCGUGGCAUCGAAUGGGUAUCUCACGGGGGAGGGAGCAGUAGUUGGUAGCACGUUUAUUGUAGGAAAAACAUUCAAGGAAGGCAAGGGUGAUACUGAGUGUGGCUCACCGUGUGCCAUAUCUCCAGCCCAAGAACAGACGCCGCCAUCACAUUAUUCUGCAAUAAAUUCUGAAAAUACACCUCAUCAACCAUUGGGAGUAUCUGAGCCACAACAUCAACCAAAGAAAAUCCCUAUUCCUCCCUCCAAACCAUCGCCAUCAAGAAGGCUGCGCACUCAGAUGUCGAUAAUUCCUAUUCAUCUGAAGGGGAGCGAGUGGAAAGCACUUCGGACGGAGGUCCCGAGAGUCGUCAUGGAUUGCCUACAAAAAGACAUCCAAAACUGCUUGGGACCUUCGUCUUCGGACUUUGUGCGGUCAGCACAACUGCAGACGAGUCUCACAGGCCUUUUCAUUGAGCUACGAUAUGAGCCCCCCAGGGAUAAAAGCGUGCCAUUUCUGGAGUCCAUCGUGCGGGACACACUCCUUAAGGAGAGGAUCCUUCGGUAUGAUUUCCCACUACUUAAAAAACUUUGCUACAAUCGAGAUAAAUUUCGUGAUAAAGUCGACACGAACGUUACUCCAUGUGGUGAAGAUCUAGCAGGUGCCGUAGUUCUUAAUUGUGAUUGGGCCUCAAUUCUACAACUAGACACAGACCCCAUAAAAUUCAUAAGACGGCCGGAUGAGGUUCCUGCACCAGUCGAGCAGUCGGAUGAGGUUCCUGCACCAGUCGAGCAGUCGGAUGAGGUUCCUGCACCAGUCGAGCAGUCGGAUGAGGUUCCUGCACCAGUCGAGCAGUCGGAUGAGGUGCCCGCACCAGUCGAGCAGUCGGAUGAGGUGCCCGCACCAGUCGAGCAGUCGGAUGAGGUUCCUGCACCAGUCGAGCAGUCGGAUGAGGUUCCUGCACCAGUCGAGCAGUCGAACGUGGACGUAUCAGUUCAAGCAAAUCAAAUAAGUGAAAAGUUUCCAUUUUCUGGUCAAAAAAAUACUCUUGAUCUCAGCAUGUCUUUUUCGCAUGCAUCAACCUUGCCUUCACAAUCACAAGUGGAUGGUUUCUCCAGAACGGGUUCUCGUGCCGAAAAUUCAUCAACGUCAGUUUCCUUUCUGAAGCUAGGCUUUCCGGGUCGAUAUUGGAGGUAUGCCCUACUGGACAAGCACUCUGAGGUCGAUAGAUUAUUUAAGAAUGAGAUUUGUGAUGCCUUAUCGCUGCCACCUGGUUGUAUAUUUGAUGUGCAUUUCUAUAACGGGAGCCUAAAGGUGGACUUUUAUGUUCGUCAUCCGGUCACAUUGUCGUACGCUGAACUGUGUGUUAAGCUCCUCAAGCAUUCCUUCAAGUCUCUCUGCAAUUUUUACUCUAACUUCAAGAAGGAUUGUUUGAAACGUAGGGUAGUGGGUCAGCUUGCCGUAUAGUAGUCGGGUUAUCCUUCGCAGUAUGAGUCUUUCCAAUUAAUUUAAUUUCACUAAGACAGAGCUGGAUUCGUUUGAGGUGAGUUCGCCGUCUGGCCAUCCGGAAAUGAGAUGGAAGCCGGACGGCGAAGAAGUAGGAUGCUCAUUGCAAAAAAGGUGUGAGAUUGCAUAUACGAUCACAGUGGGUUUCUAGGUAUUUCUGGAAAGUUGGCUCAACCUUGGAGCGAAAAUUCAAAAUCAGUUAGGUUUUAUCUCGUAUUUCCCUUAGUCUUUAUUUUUUUGUUCUUAAUCGUUUAAUUUCACUGUCAGGAUUCUUUAUAUUGCAUGCUAAUAAUAAAAUGUUUAUAAAAACUUAUCACAGAGAUUAAUUAUUCACGGAUAUCGUAAAGGCAUUCUAGAGAUGCUGCAUUAGGAUGGUCAUUAGUGUUUAAAGGGGAUGAGGGUUCUCUCAUAUAUAUAUAUAUAUACAUGUAUGUGCAUGUGUAAAGAACGCUAGUGUUUGCAGGAGACGAUUUAUCUUAUUAUUGUUCUCAUCACAAAUAUGAAUAUAGACACACGCAAGUAUGUCUAUAUGGGAGACGUGAAUGUAUCAAAAACACAGAUGUUUAAUAUGUACAAAUAAACAGAUAUUUAAUACAUGUACAAGUGCAUUUUUAGAUUUUAUUUUUUUUCGCAACAAAAUGAUGAAUGGUGUGUCAAGUUACUGGGGCGGAUAAUGUCUGGGCUUCGUGACCUAUACUACAUUUCUUUACGAUUAGUUUAGCUGAUAUUAAAAUAUGUAACAGAUGCAUUUUUUAAAAGGUCGCAUUCGAUGUUUGUGUGUUCAUUAGUACCGUUUAUUAUCCUUUUCCUUUCCUCCACCUCUGGAAUAGUGUAGAGAAGGUGUGUAUUCAGAUUAUUCAUACAAGGGGCGGAAAGUAUUGGUAGUAAAAGUUCAAUAACACGACUUUAUUUUUCUGUACAUAUAUGAACAUUUGAA